CUCGACUCGACUUGAGAUGAAGUUCGAGUAGUUUGAGUUCAAAAUCGACUCAAAUAUUGGAUUGAUCUAAAGUAAUUCGCGGGUAGCUCCAACUUAUUUAUGCCCCUAGUUGAUAUCGAGUAAAAGAUGUAAUGAAUGAGUAAGAAUUUAAAGGUUAUAUUAUAGCCGGUAUCCUUGAAACUUGUGAAGGAAGCUAAAGGUGAAAAAUAGAUCAAAAUCAAAUAUUUGAGAAUUUCAUUGUUUUUGUUUUUGUGUGUUGAAUUGAAUCAAUACAGAGUCUUGCACCAAAAUAAAGCGAUUAAAAGAGUAUGAUAACAAGUUUAUGACAUCCCUUGUUCACAUUACAGAGUGUGUAGCAUGAAUAAGAAUAAAAAUCAUUACAGCACACAUGUCCUAUUGCCGCCAUCUUCCGUACGAGGAUGACUCUCAUGACGCUAUUCCAUAUACGUCCUGUAGCCAGCAAUGCUUUUACACAGAGACAGCUAUACCCUCACUUGGACAUGCUAUUUUUCCUCAACUGAGGACUUUUUCAGGGGAUAUAAAUGUCUUUCAGAUGAAACUCAAGUUUUAAAUUAUCAAAAUUGCGCUAAUCCGCCAUUUUCAGGGGGUGAUUUGGGUAUUUAGUAAAAAAAACAUCACCUCUACCUCGUCAGGCAAUCAUCUCUGUAUUUAUUUUCUCGCCACAUUCUCUCUGUUCUUUUUUAAAUACAAACCCUUCAUCAAUAUUCUUCAUGGUAUUACUGAAAAUGGGUGCAACUGGAAAUGAAAUAAGUUUGAUGGUAAUUUUCAUAGUGGUUUCUUUAUCGUUGGUCCAUUCUUCUCGUACACGUAAGUUCUCUUCUUACUUUUGCUUAGCUUCUCUUCUUUGUUUUCAAGCCUUAAACUAUGGUAAAUGCUUUUCUUACUGCCCAGGUUUACAGAUUGAAGUAGCAGACCAUGACUCUCUACAUAAAGUGAUACGGGAUUACGAAAGCCGUCAGCUUUUUAAGAAUCUGGGACAUGAAGUUUCAUAUGUAGUUGGUGUGGAGGAUUCGGAAAGAGAGGUUCCGACUGGACCGGACCCUUUACAUCACAAUCACAACCCUACAAGGCCAUGAGCUUUGUUUUUGCUUGAAAAGAAAAACUCUGGUUGGAUCUUUAAAUAUUUCAUAAUUGUCAUCAGUUAUUCUUUCUUUGCCACUUUUGUUCAGUACUAAAUGGAUGUUAUAUAUUGACUCAUUUUUUGCAGUUUAAAAUAGAAUAAGAUCCUUGGUUUCAUAUGUUUAUACUAAUGCUAAUGGAGUUACUGAAAAAUGAUGACAACGGUUUAAUUGUUAAUUGAUAUCCGUUUACCAUACUAAUUCUUGCUA